AUGGACACGCAGGAUGUGUCGAAGGUUGUCGCUGGGCGGACCUCGGCGUCGCCAGUUGGUCUUCCUAAGGAUGUUGUCAGCAUGAGAAGUGGAGAGACGGAUACACCCAUCGGCAUCAGGUCCUCCCCUCCUGUCAUCAGUCGCCCGGAAACAAUGGACAUCGAUACGGAUAUACUCAACGAAGCGAAUGAUAACGUGGAUGCUGGAAACAAGAGCGACUCGGAGGCGGAAACGAUUGUACUUCCCGGAAAGGAUGGCCAUUCCCCAUCCAAAGUUCGUAAAAUGAUCAAACACGAAGACAAAAGCGACGAUGAGGAUGCGAAAAAUGCUCCUAACAUGGGCAGCAUUCAGACGAAAAUUGGACGAGAGUUGGUACCACAAUCACGAUCGCAGUUGGGUGAAACCAGCACAGUCGCAACUUCCACAUCGUCACUAGGCAAAAGAAAGCGACAGAAGACCGCUAACGUGAAAGACGAUCCUGCGCACCUUGGUAACUCGAGCGGUCUAAGUUCAGUACCGACGUCGCCUGUUGCGACGACGCGUUCCUCGUUAUCGAAGCCAGCUGCUUCGGAUUCGGACGUUUCUAGAUCCCCCUCACCCCGCGCCCGCUCAACAACCCGCGUUGAAAUCAAAUCCACGGACCGAGCCUACUCGCGGCGGACUUUUGCUUCACAGUCUGGAGAACAUUCUGGAGACGAUGAAGAUACUGAACGCGCACGUUUUGUCAGACAGCGAAGCUCUGGUACGGAAACCAGAUAUCAUCGAGACAACCGUUCGUCUUCCAAAUUUCGACCGGAUGGCCAUUCAAGAAAGCGCACACGUUCAAUUUCUCCACCUUCUCGAAUCCACAGGCGCAGUGCCUCGACCCAGGUAGCGACCAAAUCUUCCCAUGGCUUAAGCCACAAGAAGAAGCGCGUCCCAGCUCCCCUUCAAUCCACUGAAUAUCAUUCCGAUGAUUCAUCGGCAAGUGAUCGUUCACACCCACGGAGUUCACGUCUACGGAGUCUAGCAGCUCCCGUAACAGGCGGCUCCACGAUGUCGCCUGUGAAAAUAGCCCCUCACAAAAAGCAUGUCAAUUCAUCUGGACAAACUUUCCUAGCCAGAGCUUGUCUGAGCGGCAAGCUUGAAGUCGCCAAACAAAGAUAUGAAGAGCGACCACAGGACCUCAACGAGCCAGACCAUGCUCUCAAUACACCUCUACACGUGGCCAGCAUAAAUGGGUACGAAGAUGUGGUCAAGUUUCUGUUGGAUAAAAACUGCAUAGUCGAUGUAGUAAACGACCAAAAGGAUACGCCACUCCACGAUGCGAUUGAGAAUGGCCACGUCGAGGUCGUUAAACUUCUGUUUGAGGCAGGAGCCGACCCAAAUAAACCCAACCGACAUGGUGACGAACCUCUUGACCUUGUGAAUGAAAAAGAAGAAAGCGGUGCUUAUGAUGAGUCAGAAGCAUCUGAAAUAAGAGCCGCUAUUUUGGAGGCGAAACAAAAUAAUCGAGAUGUUAGACGCGUGUCCGAAGAUGAGCUGUCAAAUCUCAGAGACGGUGCUCGUCAAAGUCCUUCUGUUCCGACCUAUGAUUCGCAUACUCUUAAUGCUACGGGACGGCGCGUUGGUACGGCACGAUCCCAAAAAACUAGUGACCAUCUCUUAUACCAGCCACUUACUGCAACGGAACUGCAGAAAGCAGCGAAAGAAGGUGAUGCUAGUGCUGCAGCGCGCGUCUUAGAAGUUCAUACUAACCUCAACGAUCCAAAAUCUCUCACAUUAGCUGCUAAAGGGGGGCAUCUAGACGUGCUUAACAUUCUUUUCGCUAUGGGCGGAUUCGAUCCGGAUCCGCCUUUGGCUGAAGGUGUAUCACUGGAGCAGGCAACACCUAUGCUAGCUGCUAUUGGCCGCGAUGCACAUCUCAAAGUUAUAGAACUAAUCCUCGGCCAAGAUAAUUUCAAUCCAACCCGUCGAAUUAAAGGGCAAACCUACUUUGAAAUCGCCAAGGAGCGUGCAGGACCAAAGUGGCAAGAAGAGGAGAAGCUGUUCAAGGAAGCGUACGAGAGAUAUGAGAAAACACACAAGUCUUCACCUAGGAAGCCGAGAUCUCCCGGCCUUCGUCGCGAUGGAAGAGAUAUCGUUCGAGAUGCUCGUAAAGCACACAAGGUUGAUGAGUCGCAGACAGCACGAUCUCACAAACGAAGUAUGUCAAGCCCAAAGACUAAGGAGUAUGAUUCCAAGUCAUCGGUACGCAACAGCGGAUUGAAUAAGCAAAGCAAAGAUGGACAGGUGCGACGAGGGCCUGGGCGUCCUCGAAAGGAAGAGUCUUCAGCACCUGCUGUCACUUCGGAUCCGGAAUCACUCCCUCUUGGUCCGCCUAAACCAAAAGCUCUAGUGAAACGCUCGGAUUCUGAAGCUGGCAUUAUGUCUGACACCGAAGCCGCUGCAAAACCUCGCAGGAAACUUGUGUCUGGUAAAGAAUUGCGGGGAGAGCGCGAGCUUGAAAAACAGCGACGAACCAGCGUUGCUUCGAAUGCUUCCAGCGCUUCUGUAAAGGAAAAAAGAGUUUUAGCUGACAACAAAGGCGAAAAACUUGAUGAGCGUCUUAGCCCUGGCCUAUCGCGUCUUGUAAAAAAGGUCACUUCUGGGCAAAUCGAUCCUGACAUCGUAGAAAAACACCCAUCAGAUAAAGACCGAGCUCGAUCAAUUAUGAGGGACGAGUCGAAGGAUCGCUUGACCGCCAUCCGUAGUGAAAGCCCUGUCAAAAGGCAUCGAAAAAGCGAGACACCACCACGUUCUGCCACGCAAGACGCGGCGACAGGAUAUAGUGCAAGUGGCGGUCCACUCAAGAGGCGCAAACUGGAAGGCGAGGCUGCAAAUGACACUAGAUCAGAUAGCACUCCUGCUUCGUCUCCGGACGUUCGUACAUCUACCGCCAGGAGUCCUUUACCAGGGCACGACGAUGGCAAUGAAAGGAGGUCUUUACACUCAAAGAUUAAACAACCGCAGGCAGUUAAAACUCACUCAACAUCAGAGGAAACUACGAAAGCGUCAAAAAGCGAAACUUCUACAACCAAUCGGUCUUCAAAGCCAUCUAGUCAUCGACCAACUGUUAGCCAAGAGCUUGAAAGCAAGAAAGUAAAACCAGGCGUGGAAGACCAGUCGAAUCGAAGUGACCGCGAGUCUGAGCGCGAGAAGGAACGGGAAAAGGAGAAACAGAGGGCAACAAAACGUAAAGAAGAAGCAGCAGCUCGCGAGGCAGAGGCUAAGCGAGAAGAGGAACGGGCUCGUGAAGCGGAGGCGGAGGCCCUGCGUGAGAAGGAACGGGAGAUUGCGCGACAGAAGAAGCUUAAAGAAGCGCUUGAACUCGAACGCGUCGAGAAAGCUAACAUAGCUCGAGUAGCUAGAGAAGAAGCAGCCCGAGAGGAAGAUGCCAAACGCCAAGCUGAAGAGGCUGAGAGAAAGGAGACUCAGCGCAUUCAAGAUGCAGAAGCGGCCGCUCGUGAGACAGAGAGACAACGGAUAUUAUAUGUUGAACAGCAGAAGCUCAAGCAUGAAGAGCAGGAGCGUCGUAGGGCCCUUCAGGUGGAGCAGCAGCGAGCGGAGCGCGCUAGAAUUGCAGAGGAGGAACGGGUGCAGCGGCUUUCGAGGCUUCCACUCCUCCUUAGAUGGUUCGAUCUCCUCGAGAAUCCUAAGAAUCGUGACGUCGCAAGCCUAUUCCGCUGGGUUGAUGGUUACCGAUUCGACACAAUUCGGUCUGAGGCCACCGGACUUCCCAGUGGUAGGGAACAGUGGAUGCUCAACAUCAAUGCUGCCAUACUUCUAGGGGAGAAAGAUCUUCACCUAACGCGAUACACGGCUUGGGAGCGCGUUCCUCUUACGAUAGAAGCAAAGAAAGCUGUGUGGCGAGCAAACAAUGGUGCAUACACCCUUCGUGAGCCCAGUCUUGCUGUUUUCCGCAAACAAUUGCUCGAGCCUGGGAUAUCGGUCGACGAGGUCAUGACGGCCAACAGGUCACUCUUUCUCGGCCUCGAUCUUUUCUUUGUUAAGGUGUCCGAGUUCAUGUUCAUCGUACCAAACUUCCCUCAUUUGCGAAAUGUGGAAAUGCUCGUGAAUUAUAAAGAGCUGGAUAUCACUUGCAAAAUGCCUCCACCACCGCCCAAAUGGAAACAAGACCCGGACGUUGACCCCAACCAGAAAUUCACACCUCAGCCAAAACUGUACAUCAGCGGGCAACUAGUAAAGCAGCAAGAUGCGCCUCUGACCAAGAUUACACGAGAGCCGCCGUCCAAUGAGCGGUGGGCCCCUCGAAGAGAACUUGUGACCGUAUACCCUUCGGAUUCGGAUUAUGAAAUGUUAUGUAGGAAGCAGGGACUUACGCAUCUCAUUCAAGAGAAUCAAGUUUCUCCGUCAUCCGAACAAUCACCUUCUACCGUACAGCCGAACGGACACAUCUCCCUUCAUGAAGAAGUAAAUGGCAUUACACCACCUAGCUCGAUAAGAACAAAGUCCGUGAAUGGGGGGAGUCCACCGCGGGAAUCUGUCUCGGACACUGCCAUUAAUUUGACGAAUGGUACCCACGAUUCGAGCGUAUCACCAACUAGCACUGUGCCUCCUACACUCAGUUGA